CUAGAGGGGGAGGGUUCUGUGACGGAUCCAGCAUCAGUGUCCUGUUUUGUCUAGAUUCCUGUUUUAUUUUGUUAACUUCCGGCAUUGCUGGGACAGGUACAGAAGGAACCAGGAAGCACUGAUUGUAGUCUGCGAGCCCGAGGCAAAAAAGCCCCUGGCCUGUUUCGGAGGCUUUUUGCAGAGGAAUAAAUGAUAAUGAAAUGAUUCGUUCAUGGUCCUGUGUCGACUCUCCAGCAUCUUGAAUCUUGAAGGCCUUUCAUAAGGAGCCGAGCCCACCAUGAAGUUCGAGAACAUCCUGGAUGACAUUAAUGGCUUCGGCCGGUUCCAGGCGAGGAUCCUUGUGAUCAGCUUCAUCGGCCGCUUCACGCUGCCCUGCCACUUCAUGCUCAACAACUUCAUAGCAGCUGUGCCCUCUCACCGCUGUGACGUCAGCCACCUGGACGACGGAGGCGCCUUCAGCGGGUUAACGCAGCCGCAGCGGCUCCUCGUCAGCAUCCCGGCGCAGGGCGACGGAGCCCUCAGCUCCUGCCAGAUGUUCGAAGAGCCUCAGUAUCAGCUGCUGAGCAACUCCUCCAACGCGACGGGGCUGCCCACCGUGCCCUGCCAGAACGGAUGGGUGUACGACAACUCCACAUUCAAGUCCACUGUCACCCAGCAGUGGGACCUGGUGUGUGACAGAAGAGGGAAGAAGCAGGCGACGGCCACCAUCUUCUUCGUCGGAGUCAUGUUUGGAGCCCUCUUUUUUGGCAGCCUGAGCGACAGGUUCGGCCGGAGGAUAAUGCUGCUGGUGUCGUACGUGUCCGGGAUGCUCUUCGCCGUCGCCAGCGCGUUCUCCUCCUCCUACACCAUGUUCGUGGUCCUGCGCUUCUUCAGCGGCUUUUGCCUCACCGGCAUCGUGAUUGUCUCCACCGUCCUCAGUGUGGAGUGGGUGGACAUUGAGCACAGGAAGCUGGUGGGAGUGAUCGACAGCUUGUCCUGGACAUUCGGCAACACUGCAUUCGCAGCCAUCGCUUAUUUAGUGACUGACUGGCGGUGGUUGAUUAUUACUGUCACGGCGCCUCUGGCCUUGGCUAUAGUCACCUGGAGGUGGAUGCCUGAAUCGGCUCGAUGGCUCAUCGCAAGUGGAAAGCUGGACAAAGCCCAGGUGUGCUUGAAAGCGUGCGCCACGAUGAACAGAACACAGGGGUCGAUUCACACGCUCACAAGAGAGACUCUGUCCACUGUUGUAGUGAGCGAGAAAACAGAUCGGACCUAUUCAUACCUCGAUUUGAUCCGAACACCCAAGAUGAGGAAACUGGCCCUGAACUCCGGUUCACUCUGGUUCUGUGUGGCACUGACGUUUUAUGGCAUCAGCUUCAACAUCACAGGCUUUGGCCUCAACAUCUAUCUCACUCAGUUCGUCUAUGCUCUGAUCGAGCUGCCAACCAAAGGCGCCGUUUACUACUUACUGGAUAAGAUAGGCAGGAGAAACACUAUGGUGGGAUCCAUGCUGUUGGCUGGCAUCUGCCUCGGGGUCAACACCGUGGUACCUAAAGACAUGUCCACUGUCAGGACGGUGGUAGCAGUAUUUGGUAAAGGCUUCUCCUCCUCAUCCUUCGCCACUGUUGUGCUCUACAGCUCUGAGCUCUAUCCCACUGUAGUGAGGCAGAACGGCAUGGGCUAUAACUCCUCCAUGGCUCGGCUCGGUGUGUCCGUCGCUCCUCUGAUCCUCUUACUUGAUGACGUGUGGAAGCAUCUGCCCCAGGUGGUCUUGUGCUCGGUGGCCAUAAUUGGGGCAUUUAUGGCGAGUAGACUGUCAGAGACACGUAACAGGUGCCUGGCAGAAACCAUUGAGGAUGUUGAGGAGCAAUGGUAAAAAAAAACAAAAGUUAUUUUAAAUUACUCUGAUUUUGCAAAUGUAGUUUAUUUUUUAAGCGAUGGAGGACUGAUUUUGUCGUCUUCACCAUCAACACUAAAUUUUAAAAAAAGAGGUUCCUAUUGCAUUCGUUUUGUUGCAUUGCGUCACAUUAACGAACGAGUUGUUAAAUUUACUAGAAAAGACCAUUAUAAUUGUCUUCCUAAGUACCAUACACAAGAACAACUUGUUCUUCUAUGUAGAAAUGUGGCUAAACUUAAAGUCUCACUUAAUCUUGUGUCCUCAACAUCUAAACAACUAAAACACAGCUUAUACAAUAAACAGGGCUCAAGGUUAUUUCAUACCAUUCAAAGUUGAACUGCAACAGUGAUGAAAGAUGAAGUAUUAAGAGGGAGAAACAGUAAUGUCUUGUCAUGAAACUAUUUAGUCAUCUUAUGCCAAUU